AUCUAUCUAUAUACACUUCACCCAAAUUCUCACUUGUUUCUUCAACAUCAUAUUCAUCAUCCUCUAAUCUUCACUAUACGCAUAUAAUCAACUAAUCGGUUCCAACGUCAUCUCGCUUUAUUCGCUCAUCAUUUCCGAAUUCAAGGAAAAUAAUGGAUUUGGGCUGCUUGGAUUUGGGUUGUAUUGAAAAGCAAAUCAGUCAGAUCUCUCUGGAUUCCGAUGCAAACCCUAAUGACUCUUUGCCGUCAAAUUCGAAGCCUUCGAAGAAUAAGGCAUCAAAACAAGGAAAUCAACCAAGCCCCCGUGCUCUUAACAGACCGACAGCACAAAUUAAAAAGCCGCCUAGACGUAAAACUUCACCGCUAAGCUGGUUUCCACGCAAGAAAGGCGAUUCUUACUUAAAACGAAAGCUAAGGCUACUUCAGGAGGUAGAUGGCAUGAGCUCAACACUAGAUGAGACUCUCAGUGACACAAAUCCCCAUUUUUCAAGAGUUCUUCGGGAAAAAAUCGCUGUUCGAGAAGCUGUCAAUAAGGCAAUAGAGGCACGAAAGGCUGCAUUGGUUGAAGCAUCCUGGUGUCGUAUACUUCGGGCAUCCGGGAUUGACAGUAAAGAAGCUGAAGAUGUUUUGGUGCAAGCAGAAAAAAACGCGACGGAAGCUUUUGAAUCUGCAAAAGAAAUAGGAGUGAUCAUGUACGACAUACAAGAUUGCCCGAGAAAGCAUUGCAAAAUAGAAACAUCAGCCGGAAACGGAGGCGAAUCCCCAACUCAUACGGUUACAACAUCAUUCGACACAGCGUUCGAGGUUGAUAAACAAGUGGCAGCUGCUGUGAAGGCUGCGUUCGUCAGGCUCUCAACUUGUGCGUCCAUCGGCGAACAAGAAUUUAAACAAAUCUUGAAAAAAAUUAGUCAAAAUCCCGAUUUAGAAUGUGAAUUGUCGUCAGAAUGUGAAUCCGAUGCUGGUCUUCAUUCUGAAUCGAAAUCAUGUAACGAGGUGGAAUCGAAUAAGGAAAACCUUGUGGACGUGAUGUUGCAAAGGCUAAGAUGUUUACGCGAAGAAGAACUUGCGUCUCUUGCGACUAUCGUUGCAACAUGUGGUCUAAAUGCUGCUUUAGCCGAAGCCGAAAACGGUUCUCGUGUUGCUAAUGGUGGUGGGCGUGUGUCUUCCGAAGAAUCGCUUCCAGGCCUGGACAAGUUACUGGUUAAACGUAUGACGAGACUCGAAAGAGAGAUACACGAUGCGAAAACCGCUAAAACUAAAGAACCGUUACAUAAAGACAACACUACAAAACCGUCUAACGUUGUUGUUCCGGAUUUGGGAAGUAUGCUAACCAAGCACACUUCGAAGCUCGAGAAAGACAUAGAAGAGAUUAAAAAGAAGCGAGGGAAUGAAUACGAGCCCGUCCCGAAGGGGAAACCAUCUGAAAGACUGAAACACGAUACGAAUAACAAUAUACCGAGCCUCGGUGAGGUUCUGGUAAAGCGUAUGUCACGCCUUGAAAAGGAGGUACAAGAAGCAAGAGAAAAAGAAAAUGUUAAUAUAAACAAAGAGAAAAGGAGUAAAGAAAAGUUUUUAAACGAUGAUAACGUUGUUGAGAGUCUGGAUAGUGUUUUGGUAAAGCAUGUUUCGAGGCUUGAGAAAGAGAAAAUGGCUUUCGGGUUGAAGGAUGAAGUGAAGGUGAAUAAGAGGGAGAGAAAGUUGGAUUUGGAGCAUGGUGAAGGUGGGUUGGACCAAAUUUUGGUCAAACAUAAGUCGAGACUCGAGAAGGAAAAGGUGGUUGCUGAUGUGGUGGAAUCUGAUGACCAGAUUAAGAAUCCGUUGGCGGCUAAGCGGGAAGCGAGGGAGAGAGAGCUGCAGGAAGCGUGGGGAGGCAUGAGUUUUGGAAACUCGAUAUGUCCACGCGUCUCUAGACUUCAAAGAGACAAGGAUGCUUGGAUUAAAGCUGAGGAAGCGGAAAGGAGAGCGACUGAAGAGUCAAGGGUGGUUUAAGAACAAUCGAAUCUGUGUUUUAAUGUUCCAAGUUUUGAUGAACUCAAGUGUCAGUGAACCGUCAAUGUAACUAUUUACCGUUUCUGGGUCAAGAAAUAUGAUCCUGGCAUCCUUGUCUAUAUAUACUUUUCCGUCUUCCAUAUCCGUUAAAUUUAAUCCA